UUAUUACGUAUUUCCCAUCGGUGCGACCAGCUCGACAGUGAGGUCGAAGCCGUCGAAGAGGAAAUCGCGAAUCUUAUGGCUAAAGUUGUUCGUCUUCGGAAACAACGUAAGGAAUGGUCUAAAAAGGCGGCGCGUGCGGUGUCCCGGGGUAUCGACAAUUUGGCGGAGCUGGAGCAGUUGGAGCAGAAGGAGCGUGAGGCGGAGGCCGCUCUUCAGGCUGCU